AACAGCUAUCUUUCAGCUCCCCCCCUUCCUCUGGCCAUUCAGCCUUUCAGAACUAUCAUUUCCGACUUCCCCAUCUCUCUUUCUCUCAACGCACGCACGUACGCAGUGGUACUUUUAAAGGGGAAGACUCUAGUGCGUGUGAGAUUCAAUGGAUGUUGACCUGGUGAAAUCCUCAACAGAAGAUCACAUGGAUAUGAUGACAAUGAUGAUGCAAAUGGAAAAGCUUCCUGAAUUUUGUGAGCCUUUCCAGAGCCCUUCCACAUUUCCUGAAAUCCGCUUCUCUAAUGGGACUUCAAGCUCCAGCAUCCUGCCCAUACCACCCAUUUACCCAAGCCCCAACUUUUCUUCACUCAAUACAUUGAUGACCCUGCCUCCCACUUUGUCAUUCAUUGGCAACAACCCAGUUCAAGAACCAGUGACUCCACCUCUUCAGCCCAACAAUAUGGCCAAUAGCAACAAGUACAAACAUCCAACUCCUUUCAACUAUACAAAUCCAUACCCUUCUUCAGUAGAUAAGAAAAACUCCAUGGCUGCAAUGAGGGAGAUGAUUUUCCGUAUAGCAGCAAUGCAGCCUAUUCAUAUAGACCCAGAAUCCAUCAAGCCUCCAAAAAGAAGGAACGUGAAGAUCUCUAAGGAUCCCCAGAGUGUGGCCGCCAGGCAUAGAAGAGAGCGGAUAAGUGAGCGGAUAAGGAUACUGCAAAGACUUGUUCCCGGAGGCACUAAGAUGGACACAGCUUAGUUGGACGAGGCCAUUCACUAUGUCAAAUUCUUGAAGAGACAGGUUCAAUCUUUGGAACAGGCUGCAGUUAACAGGCCAAUAGGUGUUGGGUUUCCAAGUGCUACAAUUGCUGAUGUGGGCUACUCCUCUUUGCUGAAAACUUGCCAGCCAUCUCAUCAUCAAGUUAUGGGCAAUAUGCCGAUGCUUAGAUAAGAGAUGGAAUUUAGAAUUUAGUUG